AGAAUGCAUGCAUGCAACUAUAAAUGGUAUAAUAAAUUUAGAGCGUGCAUAGACAAAAGUAACCAAUAGGAGGUACUGUGUCAUUCUCCAAGAAGCCAUCUCAUCUACCAUGCAUCCCAGCCCGGGGACACAGCCGUAUCUCUGCUUUGAUUUGUUCCCUAAUUGACCUAAAUAAAGCAUCUGAGAGACGGGGUCCCGUCCAACCCCUCAAUGCAGACUAUCACACAGUGUAUAGUAGGGGGCUCAAAGCGAGUAAUUCUGAUAUUUUUCUGGAUUAAUCUUGCCCGCUGCCUCCACUGUCCAAUCGCAAGAGGCAUUUUUUUUGCUGCGCGUGGAUCUCGCGCCAUGUAAUUUACUGUAGUAGUAUAUCUACGGAUUCUCUCACAUUCUCGCCCUCUAUCUCGAACUCUCAUGGCUAGCUCGACGGACUUCGAGAGAAAGAUUAGGCAUAACUAAGACAAAGCUAAAGAGACACCCAAGAAUGUCUAAACAGCACGUUCAUAUUUUGUAAGUAAUUUAUUUAUCGGUGACUAGGUGGUUUGAAGACGACAAAAUAUGCUUGUUAAGGCACCGGAAUCUCAACAUCAUGGUCCAACGUCAAGAAGCUCAUCAUUUUCCAUUGAGAAUUUACUUCGGUCUACUACCGGGACUACAGACAGGCUAUCUACGACAGAAAAUGAGGGGAAUUGUAAGGAAACGGGACUCUCUUACAACCAAGUCGCUGUCAUUGAGAGCCGCUGCAACCAAGUGGAGCGUCAAGUGUCUUACUUUGGAUUAAACGCCCAACGCCACUGGUGUGGGACAUCGCCAAACAAAGCUUGCAGGGAUUUACAGAGUCCGCAGUGCCACUCCAGCAACUCCGAUGAUCCCGGAGACUCUCUAAAAACCAGCAACCGGGAUUCUCCCGCUCUACCGGAGCCGGUGGAAGACAACGACCAACCGGACGAGAAGGCAGAGGGAAGUCUGACAGACGACAAGGAUGACGAAACAGGGCCUUCCUGCUUCGCCCGGGAAGACAGUGAAACACCUGAUACGAAAGCAGCUUGCAAGAAGAAGACCCGCACGGUGUUCAGCCGGAGUCAGGUUUUCCAGCUGGAGUCCACCUUCGACAUGAAACGCUACCUGAGCAGCACUGAACGGGCGGGGUUAGCCGCCUCUCUACAGCUCACCGAGACGCAGGUCAAGAUUUGGUUCCAGAACCGCAGGAACAAGUGGAAGAGACAGCUAGCUGCCGACAUUGAGGCCACGAGCAUCUCGUAUUCGGCUCAAAGGAUUGUCAGGGUCCCUAUUCUGUACCACGAGAACGCAGCACCUGGGACACUGAGCGCAAACCUGGCACAGGUGUCGCCACCCUUCUCGAGUACUGUGAAUUAUCCCGUCUCCCAGUUCACCCACCCCAUGUCUUUUAUAAGAUCACAAAUCACAGGCCUUGUGUGAGACACAUUAUUGGUGUAUUAUAUGGAACUAACGUACUGUACAUGGUAGAGCAGCGUUUACCAAACUCAGUCCUGGGGACCCCAAGGGGUGCACGUUUAGAUAUUUGCCCUAGUACUACACAGAUGACCCAAAUAAG